UUCAGUUCUAAAACAAACUCAGACACUACAACUACCAAACAGCACAACUGAUACUACAGAAAAAAAACAUCGUAUUGAAAAGCAGAAACUCACAAAGCUGCCGUAUUUAUUGUUCAAUUUUUUGGUUGUUUUUUUCUUUUUGUUUCUGUGACUGUUCCUUGCAAUGGACACACUACACGAACACGAAGCCGGGAAUCUCUACGAGGAGCAGCGAGUCGAUCGAGUCGGCGACGCGUUGACUGCAGAUGCGGGCGACGAUGCGGACACAUUGGAGGAUGGACAGCAGCAGCAGCAGCAGCAGCAUCAGCAGCUCCUGGGAGUCAAUCGGCAGAUGGCCAUACUCCUGGACGCUCCUCAAGAGCCACCGAUGGCGGUGUUUCCGGCGAGAGGAGGGCUAAAUGGACCGCCACGUCUGCGCAAGAAACGGAGUUUCUACACCAUGGUCAAGCCAUCUCCGCCAUGCGAGAGCCAGGAGCCGGAAAUGUGCCUCCUGCUGGCCAGUGUCACGCGGGCAAUGCGCCAAGUUCGGGAGGAUCAGCGAGGCGAGUACUUUGCAAAUUACCUGGUCGAGAACAUGACCAGUCAGAACUAUCCGAAUGGUGUGGGUCUGCCACAGCAUUGGGGUGAGUUCUGAUUCGCCAUAGUUCACCCAUAGAUCGUUGAUCAGAAGGAGCUCCCUUGGACCGCGGAAGAUCGAGCCAGCUCAUUGGGAACCCACCUUACACUAUGUACACAUCCAUAUCCGCCACCCACUUGAUAUGCAUCCUUACACCACAGAUAUCUUUCCUCCUAGACCACACUCCAAAAAAAAAGGUUACUUACUUGGGGCUUAAAACUGUUUGCGGUUCAAUCUUGUUCAAUAAACAACACGGCUUAGCAAACUUCUAUUUUCAUAUUUGGUUUUCCAGUUACUGUUUUCCAAAUUUAUUCCACAAUUGUUAACAAACCACAAGAGGUAUAAGCAACAAAAAAAGUUGAAAGUUAAUAAAAGCGCUUUCUGUUGAUAAAAUUGUC